UCACCUCGCCAGAACUGUAGAUAAAGUGACCCUCUCUGCACCCGGUCCUGCAGUCCUGUGUCCCGGCCAGUUCGUAAGCGUCAUGGAGCUUUUCUGGAUCAUCAUAUUCUUUACUACCAUCUGUGACAGUGGGGUGCUGUCUGAAGUAGGAGAUGAUUAUGAUCAAGAUAAUGAAGACAAUGCCGAUCUCUGUCUUCCCCAACUUGCUGAUCGAUGUUUCAAGGAUGUGAUGCCUAGCAUUGUCUGUCAACUGGAGAACAAAGGUUCAUGUGAUGAACUCAGUGAUUUCUGCAGUGUGUUAGCAGAUAGCCUACAGUGUGCUGCUGAUAUUAUUGACACAGACUGUAAGCCCGAGGAAGGCAGGAACAACUUUGACUCUUGGCUCAGUGGUCUCAACGCUGUAUACGCUAAAAUCUGUGAUGGCAGUGAUGGACUUCUCAGAGUGCUGCUGGAAAGUCCGUGCUUUAACAGUGACGAGUUCCUGGAGUGUGUGGAGGAGAUGACCCAAGUGACACAUGUUGUGGACCUUCUACAAGUUAUCCUUAACACCAAUGAGUGCAAUCGCCUGUUGAUCGCACUCCCAACCUGCAACGUCCGCGCCAACGCAGCUCACUCAAGAUGUUACAUGCCCCAAGAAGUAAUCAAUAGCAUCAUCUACACUUUCUUCUCCCAUACACAGUGUGGAGAGAGUUGUACUAAAAGGACCACGGUUUCACAUGCUACAGUUAUCCAAUCCCCCACCAAGCUUGCAGCUCUCUCACUCACUCUCAUCCCAUUCGUUCACCGGUUGUAGCAGAGUGAUGUUGCAAUACACUUACUUCUGUUCUAAUCUAGGGUCCUGACAGGGCACGGAGAAAAUGGUGUAUCGCAAUGCUCAAUUCGAAGCAAUUAUCAGAGUUUCAGUGACAAAUUCAAAAGUAUAAUGGUUAAUUUUCUCCAUAUAAUAGUUGUAAUAAAUAAGUUGAAGUGUUGAAGCCAUUAAUUGGUGUUCUAAAGAAUACAUUUAUUUCAAUUUUAUUCUAUUCGCUUUAUCCUUUUUGUUUGCCGAAGUCCAGAGUUUGCUGCACAAACAGAUGGUCCACAUUCCAUUCAUGAAUGUUAACCAGUUUAUAUAAGUAGUAGUAUGAGAUUUGACACUGGAAAACCCUAUGAAAAAUAAAACUCUAUUAGUUCCUUCAGUAAUGAUAAAAAGUGCCAUUAACAUUUAUUCACCAUAUUGAAUAGUACACUGUUCUGUUUUCAUGGGAUUGAAAAGAAGUUUGACAGGGAAUAGAAGGAAAUAUAUUGCUACAUGUACAAGCAUGUGGACAUUCAAACAGCACAAAAUGUCUUAUUGAUUUAUAUAUCAUUCUGUUUUCAUGGAGUACAGUAAAUGAGCGUUUAGUUUAAUAACGUUAAUUUGAUGUGUUUUACCUCGGCAAUGUUUUGUAAAUCCAUGGAACUAUAGGGCAGAGCACAGUCCAACUGUGACACCAUAAGUGUAUUACCUGAAGGGGAACCUGUUAGAUACUGAAUAUUUAACAUUUGAUAUUGUAAAUUAUUAACUUGUAAAAUCAAAUAAACAGUAUGUUUCUCAUAA